CACCAUGUUAACCAACACUCUACCUCGCUUCCCCUCAGACAUCCCCACAGCACCUCUCCUCCGCCUAUCUCUAUCGAAACUCCAAUCCCACGACAUCACCGAAACCCACCGUCUCCUCCAAGCAUGCGAAGAAAUCGGAUUCUUCUACCUCGACCUCCAGGACACAAACAUAGGCAACAAUCUCCUCACCCUCUCUGACGAGCUCUUCUCCACCACCGAGAACCUGUUCUCACUCAGUCUCGACGAGAAACGGAAAUAUGUCUUUACCUACCCGAACUGCCAUCACGGAUACAGAAUACACAGUGCUGGUGUAGUAGAUCGUGAGGGUAUCUUCGAUGUUAAUGAACUCUAUAAUAUCUCCAAAACCGACAUCUUAAACCUCACACCACCCCUCCCCGCCCCUCCCCUGUUGCACUUGAUCCGCCCAACCCUCAAAUCCUUUAUUCAUACCUCCCACAGCAUCAUCACUCUUCUCCUAACCCUCCUCAAUUCCAGCCUCUCUCUUCCCGAUGCUACCCUUCCUAAGCUGCAUAGCUUAACAGCCCUCAACGAUGACCAAGUCCGCUUCGUCAAAUCUUCCUCUCUAUCCCAACCCUCCUCCACGCCUAAGAUAGGCCGACAGACUGACUUCAGCUCCCUGGCUAUCCUUUUCAGUCGUCCUGGUGGACUCCAAGUUCUCCCUCCCGGACAGGGUGCGGAAUGGGCCUACGUGGAACCUCUCCCUGGUCAUGUGAUCGUUAAUCUGGGUGAUGCAAUGGCGAAGUUCACGAAGGGAAUGCUGUUGCCGAGUGUGUAUCGGGUCGUGAGGCUACCGGGGGAGCCGGAGGGGUAUAGUUUGGGGUAUUGUGUGGGGGUAGAGGAUGAGAUUAUUUCUAGGAAGAAGAGAGAGUUAAGGGAAAGGAAAGAGAAAAAGAAGAAGAGGGAGAAUAGGGAAAGAGAAGAAAGACAGAGGCGGGAAAAGGAGAGUAGGGUGAGUAUAGAGAGACAAAGAAAAGAGAGGAGAGAAAGAAGAGAAAGAAGAGAGAAGAUGAGCUAAUUCCUCCUUCGACGACACUCUACUAUGAUCUUAUUUGAAGAUACCAGUAUAAAUAUUGCCCAAUAUCAAGAUAAAAACUAAUUC